AUGUCCAGUAGAUACGGUCAGGCCUACCGCAACGGUGGGAGCGGGGGAAGUGGUGGCAGUGGUGGUGGUGGCGGCGGCUACGGGAAUCUCGACCGGAAGGAUGAAGACUACGAUCCAUACGGUGAAGGGUAUGGCAGCGACCGGUAUGCACCACCGCCUCGACGAACGAACCCCCGACCCCCGCCGAGCGCACGCAACGCAGGGCCACCGCCACGAUCGGCCCAGCGCGCCGUCCAGGAGACGAAUGCCGAGCGCGAGAUGGGCAAGGUGCUUGAGUUGAUCAAGCAGGAGUGGCCCGCCAUGUGCGAGAACGACUGCAUCCCCGUCCAACUCGCGCUGCAGCUACUCGACGACAGCUCCGUCGGUCGCGCCCACGAGUACCGCAACUUCCAGCGCACCCACCAGUACCUGCAGGAGUCGCUCAAGAAGAUCGUCCACGAGUAUCAUCAGGGCUUCAACAGUUCGAUUGGCACAUUUCACAAGAUCCAGGGCAGCAUCCAAACCUCGCAGAAGAAGGUGCGCGCACUUAAAGAGUCGCUGGCCGGCUCUAAGACCGCCCUCUGCGCCACCGACCCGGAGCUCAAGAAACUACACGCUACCUCACACAUGUACGAUGGAGUGCUGCAGACACUAAACGAGCUGGACGAUCUGCGUACUGUACCCGAUCAGCUCGAAGCCAGGAUUUCCGAGAAGCGAUUCCUUACCGCCGUUGAGGUCCUACAAAAUGCCCUGCGCAAGCUGACGAAGCCCGAGCUGGACGAUAUUGGUGCACUAGGAGAGCUGCGUAACUAUCUAGCGAACCAAGAGACGGCCCUCAUGGAUAUCCUGGUCGAGGAGCUGCAUGAACAUCUUUACCUCAAAUCACCAUACUGCCAGGAGCGAUGGCAGAACCUCGCCAAGUCCCAGGGUGCCCUCGGCGAGGCUUUCAAGGAUGCCCCCGUUGUAUCGCCUUUUCACUCGGUACUUGAUACCAUUGAUUGGGAUCGGUCGGUGACAGAAGACCCUCACAAAAACCCCGAGGCCGACACCUUCUACUACGUCACCCUGCUUGUUGAGUCGUUAAACAGGCUGGGGAGAUUGGAGACGGCUGUUGAUAUGCUCAAGCAGAGGUUACCCGUGGAACUGUUUUCAGUCGUCAAUGAAACCAUUAAUGACAUUGACCAAAAAUACCCCAGCUCGCUGAGAGGCGGCUCUCAUGGCUCUCACGGGUUGCAUAUCUACGGCCAGCGCGAGACCAGAAUGAGGGCGGAUGUCAUUUACGAUCUGCUAUGGUCCCUCUAUGGCAAGUUUGAGGCCAUCGCAGAAGGCCACCGUGUGUUCCACGAAUCCAUAAAAGCCCUCAUCCGCCGCGAAGGUGCAGGCAACAACAUUGCGCUUCUGGGUAGCUUCAAAGAGCUCUGGAAUCUCUAUCAGAACGAGAUUCGCUCCCUCCUUCAUCACUACGUCACAACCGAUGCCGAUGUCUACCAAUUCCGCUCAUCUCCCGGGUUUGGCAUGGGAAUUAAUGGAGCACAAGACGCAGCUCGAGCCAAUUUAUUCAAGUUCUCCGAGGUCGACUCAAAAUCAGUGGAAAUGGCCACCGAAUACGAGGCCCUGGACGGGAUCAUCCAAGCCGCGGUCCCCGGGUUGACUUCCGACUCACGAAAAGGGGGCGACGGGAAGAAGGGCCUCGUCGUCCCACGCUCUGAUCGCGCGUCCUCUCGAAAGAGCACUGCUGGAUAUGGUAGCAACAACCAAGGCAGCAACGCCCACAAAUCGCUGGUCGAGCCUAGCGUGUUUAACAUGAGCUUGCUGCUUCCACCCACCCUAGUGUUUCUCCAGCGCUUGAAGAAUAUUGUGCCACCAGGCUCGGAUCUAGCCACCAGUACCCUCACAUCGUUCCUUGACAACUUCCUCGUCAACGUCUUCCAGCCGCAACUCGACGAGACCCUUGGCAAGCUCAGCGACACCGUCUUUGGGGAGGCGGACGCCUUCUUCCAGGAUUCCGAGUGGGCGCGCGUCGCUAAGCGUCCCGUCUUCAAGGGUGCGACGGCCUUUUUCACCAUUGUCACGGCUUUCUGCCGGAUGCUGGGCACUAUCCCGCACGACCAAGCGCUCAGCGCUCUCAUCAUCACCCAGAUGCUGCGGUAUUACGACCGAUGCUUCAACUGGUACAAAGCCUUGGUAACCAAGACACCCGAGGAGGCGUCAAGCACGCAAGAGCUACGGGCGUCUGCUGUGAUGGCCCUCGAGCCCGGCGUCAUCCACGACAUGAUGAAGAAGAUAUGGGAUGCCGGCGAGACCGUCGAUGCGGAGCUGCUCGUUAAGGAGGUCGACCUGCUCAUGGCACACGCUAAUGAAAAGCACCUGGAGCACAGCGACAUCAUCCAAGACCGCGACACCAUCUCCUCGCUUUGUCUACUGUACACCAGCAUGAAGUGGCUCUCAGUCAAGAUCCAGGGCCUGCGCCACAUCACCAAGAAUGAGACCGACUCGUCGCGGUCCGCUGCAUUGCCCAAGCCUGAGAAGAAGCGCUGGACCCUUCUUAACGACCCAAAUAAAGCUGCUGCUGAGGAAGGGCCGGUGUACCUGCCCAUGACCCAGGAGACCGUCCAAUCCUUCGACAGCAUCCUAACCUCCUACACCUCCCUCGCCACCACCUCCCUCCUAACCCUCCACUCCGAAAUCCGCUGCCGCAUCCUCCAAUCCCUCCACACCGCCCUCUCCCCGUCCCAAACCGCCCCAUACCUCCUCGACCAAGACGUCGCCGAGCCCGACCCGCAAAUCCUCUCCCUCAACGCCGAAAUGGUCGCCUUCGACGAGACCGCCUCGCGUUACCUGCGCGCCCCUGAAGUCCGCUUCCUGCGCACGGGGCUGGGUCUGCUGAUCAACGCAUACCUGGUGCGGAACGCGCCCAUGACCGCCCCGAUGAAUGCGCGCGGGUGUGGACGUAUGCGGUUGAACGUGUUGGUGCUGCAGCAGAACUUGAAGAAUGUGGAGGAGGGCCCUGGGGCGGAAUUGAGGCGCGCACGGGAGUACUUUGAGUUGUUUGCCGCUGGGCCGGAUGGGGUGGUGAAUAAGGCGAAGGAGGAUGCCGAGGCUGAUCGGAAGGCCACUAACGGUGGUGUUGCUGGUAACGAUGGGGGGGUGCGGUUCACCUAUGACGAGCUCAAGGCGCUGCUGGAGCUGUGGUACAGCGAGCAGUUGGCGGACCCUGAGCGCGGCGUGGCGGCGGCUGCGAAACGGCAGCUGGCGGAUAAGUUGUUGGGGUUGAGUGAGCAUAUGUGGCAGAGUUAA